CAACAUCAACAACAACAGCCACAGCAACAACAACACUAUCACAACUACAGCGGCAAUAGCAACAAUUACAAAAUGCAUUUAACAACCACAUCGAGCAAUUCAACGGCAUCCAAUGCCAACAACAAUAACAACAACAAUACAACCAAUAACAACAACACGAGUAGCAACAACAACACGACCAACACCAAUGGCAGCAGCAACAACACAAGCGGCAACAACAACAACAACAGCAGCGGCAACAACAACAGCAACACCGAACAGAAUACACCGCCAACGCCGGCGCAACUUCUGAAUGAGGCGUACACGAAGAUGACCUCUGACAUUCUGGCGGAGCGGACGCUGGGCGACUUCCUCACCGAGCACCCCGGCGAGCUGAUCCGCACGAGCAGUCCGCUCUUCGUCUGCACCGUUCUGCCGCCCCACUGGCGGAGCAACAAGACGCUCCCGGUGGCCUUCAAGGUCGUCUCCCUGGGCGACAUCAUGGACGGCACGAUGGUCACCGUGCGGGCGGGCAACGACGAGAACUACUGUGCGGAGCUGCGCAACUGCACGGCGGUGAUGAAGAACCAGGUGGCCAAGUUUAACGAUCUCCGAUUUGUCGGCAGGAGCGGCAGAGGGAAGAGCUUCACGCUAACCAUCACCGUGUCAACGAAUCCACCGCACAUAGCCACCUACAACAAGGCGAUCAAAGUGACUGUCGAUGGGCCACGGGAACCCCGCUCCAAGACAAUGUUAUCCCUUUUAGGACAGCAACAGCAGUUCCACUUCGCUUUUGGCCAAAGACCGUUCCACUUCUCCACGGAUCCACUUUCCGGCUUCCGGAUGCCGCCCAUUGGCAAUUGUCAAAGUGCCAGCAACACGCAUUGGGGAUAUGGAUCGGCGGCCUCGGCGUAUUCACCUUACUUGGCCAGCAGCGGAUUAUCGUCCUGCACCACGCCCACUUCCGCCCAGUUCAACAAUCCAGCGUUGGGCUUCACAUGCUCCUCGAAUGACCAGAGCAACAACCAGGACUUCGGAGGCGCCACCAAUCGCGACUGCGUUCCAAUGCUGCCCGACUCGACGGCCAGCGAUCUGGACCAGCACCUGAGCAGCCUGGUGGGCUCGACCAGCGGCCAGAUGACGCACCACAGCCUGCUGGGCGCCGGCGGCCAGACGUCGAUCUCCUCGACGGUGAACGGAGCGAGCGGCGGCGGCAGUGCAGGAGCCGGUGCGGCAGGCGGCGGAGCGGGAAGCGGCGGCGGCGGAGCGGGCGGCGGCGGGGCGGGCGGCAACUCGAUACUGGUGCCGCGAUAUCACACCAAUGCGAGCAACGAGUACAACGUCCACUCCAGCCAGAACGGACCGCGCAGCUUGAGCGACAGCUCGCAGGCGGAGUCGCCGGUGCAGGAGGACCUGCUGACCACCAACACACCGAAUCUGGGCAGCACGGCGGGUGGUGGGGCGGCCAACGGCGGCGGUGGUGCCGCGAAUGCCGGCGGUAGUGGUGCGGCAGCUGGCGGAGCGGGCGGCAGUGCCGCUUCGGCGGUGGGCAACCCGGCCAUGCUGGGUGCGAACCAGAACUUCCCGGGCAUCGUCAACCAGGCGCAGCACUCGGCGGCCUCCGCUUAUGGCGGCGGUUCGGGCGUGGUGGGCGGUGGGCAUGGCAGCGCCGCUGCUGCGGCCGCCGGAUGCAACGGAUCGCUGUAUCCCGUGCUGCCGGCCAGCCUGCUCUACUCGCAACUGUACACCGCUGCCAACCAGUCCGCCCACGGGUUCCACUCGCACACCCUGCCCGCCCACGCCUCGCCGAACUCCUCGGUGCACGGGGAGCUGCAGAGCGUGAUGGACCACAUCAGCAAUGUGGGCGUGCGGCAGCAGCACAACAUCAUGACCGGCGGCGGGGUGACCCAUCCGGGCGAUCUGACCCUCAUCGGGAAUUGUGGGGCGUCGGUGAGGAACAUCGAGGACGGGAAUAGCAACCGGCAGGUGGCCGCCUUAGCUGCCCAUCGCGGCCACCACAAUCCCACCGACAAUGGGGGCAGCGUUUGGAGGCCCUAUUGA